UUGGAUUUGGCCAGUGUAGAUGCUGCCGCGUGAAUGCCAUCGUCGGAAAGUUUCGUCUUAUAAAGUGAAAUACUAAAAGAAAAGAAGAGCUAAAAAAAAACAAUGCAGAAUUCCCCGGCCCCGUGUGCCUGGUAUUUACCAUGGUCUUUGGCCGCCCAGCAGCAUCAACAGAAGAUGCUGCAGAUGCAGUCGCCGUUUCUGGACAAGAUGGGUGCCACUUCGGUGGGUGGGAUUUUUGCUGCCCAACCACAAAUGCAGCAGCAACUCUCACCAAAUACGGCCGCAGCUCCUCCGGCAAAUUACCAACAGCCCGCUUUGCAUCCAAGUGCCGCACCCGGAGCUCACUUCCACAUGGGAUCGCCGUAUAAUCAUCUGGCACCGCAGCUUUUGAAUGCCGGACAACUUAAUCAGAAUGCCCUGGCACCUCAAUCCCACUUGAUGCACUCUGCCAUGUUUUCCUCUUUGCCUCUUGGAGCUUAUUAUGCACCUGCCGCCGGCGGUGGUCACACGGCCUUCGGUGGAGUACCCCUGACAUCAGCUGCCCAACAAUCCCUAAUGGCUGCCACUGGAGGGGCACCUGGUGGCCAUUUGGCCACUCAACAGACACCAAACCAAGUGCCGGUUCAAGUGCCCGUACAGAUGGCUCCGCGGGCAACUCCUAACGCCUGCUCCAUGGUCCAGCCACUGAACUGCCUGCCUCACCAGGAACUAAAUCACCUGUCGUCCAUCAAUCUCAACCUGCUGCGAAACCCAGCGUCUACGCUCUCAGCCGCCAUCCAGGUCUUGCCAAGUGCCGAGGUGCCGAUUAAUAAAAAGACUACUUCUCCAAGGGACUCCGACAAUCUUAAGAUUAAGAUACCAGAAAAGCGGAAAACAGAUGAUAAUGAUCAAAUAAAAGAACUCAAAAAGGCUAAACUAGAGACAAAAGCUUUGAAGGCUAAGAGGCCGGGAUUCACAGAUGAAAGAUAUCAGGAAACUUCCUACUAUAUGGAAAAUGGUCUUCGCAAGGUUUACCCAUACUACUUUACAUUCACAACCUUCACAAAAGGACGCUGGGUGGGUGAAAAGAUCUUGGAUAUAUUCUCUAGAGAGUUCCGGGCACAUCCUGCCGAGGAGUACGAAAGAUGCAUCCAAACUGGGACUUUGACCGUGAACUUUGAGAAAGUACCCAUUGACUAUCGGCUAAAACAUAAUGAUCUACUUGCUAAUAUUGUUCACAGACACGAAGUUCCUGUGACUUGUCAACCAAUUAAAAUUGUGCAUAUGGAUGAGGACAUUGUAGUUGUAAAUAAGCCAGCAUCGAUACCUGUCCAUCCUUGCGGACGUUACAGACACAACACCGUAGUCUUCAUUCUGGCCAAGGAGUUUAACCUUAAGAACCUACGCACUAUACACCGACUUGAUCGGUUGACAUCCGGACUUUUGUUAUUCGGACGUAGUCCCAAAAAGGCCCGCCAAAUGGAGCAGCAGAUUCGCAACAGGCAGGUGGAAAAAGAGUAUAUAUGCAGGGUGGAAGGUGUUUUUCCAGAUGGUAUUGUGGAGUGCAAGGAGCCCAUUGAAGUAGUUAGCUACAAGAUUGGCGUGUGCAAGGUAUCUCCAAAGGGCAAAGAUUGCACGACGACUUUCCAAAAGCUUUCCCAAAAUGGCACAACCAGUGUGGUACUCUGCAAGCCACUUACUGGCCGAAUGCAUCAGAUAAGAGUUCACUUGCAAUACUUGGGUUUUCCCAUACUCAAUGAUCCUCUUUACAAUCAUGAAGUCUUCGGUCCUCUGAAAGGACGUUCUGGGGAUAUUGGUGGCAAGUCAGAUGAUGAGCUUAUACGAGAUCUCAUAAAUAUACACAAUGCUGAGAACUGGCUGGGCAUAGAUUGUGAUUCUGAUAUAUCAAUGUUUAAGACCGCCAAGGACGAGGUAGAUCGUGAAAGUCUCAGCAGUGAGCACACUUCCGUUGUUCAUCACAGUGAUGAUGAUGUUGGAGUUAAUUCAAGGGAAACAACACCACCCUGCACGGAAGCUCAGCAGCCCGACAGCAGUGCGAAAAACACAAAUGUAAUCAAGGAGUAUCCAGUUACUGCCCCGAAGUCUUCCACGGAAAUUUCACCAGCUCUGCUGGACUCAAUGGAGGGUCCAUUGGGUGGCAGUGGAUGCAAUGGCACAAAGUUUUCAGUCGAUGAACAUUGCUAUGAGUGCAAAGUGCACUAUCGCGAUCCGAAAUCCAAGGACCUUAUAAUGUAUCUGCAUGCAUGGAAGUACAAGGGCCCUGGAUGGGAAUAUGAAACGGAGUUACCGAAUUGGGCCCGCAACGAUUGGGACCACUUAGACUCUGUAUGAGUGCACAAUACUACUUAUAUUAGAAACCAAACAGACCAAAAUCAACAAAAUUAUAUAUAUAUAUAUAUAUAUAUCUAUAUCAUAAAUAAAAGAUGUGCCUUUAAGAUUGGAUAGCAUGCGUACGCUUCUGUUAAAUGCGUUAAUACAAUAAUAUUUAUGUACACAAAAGGCGUAGAGAAUGCGUUUAGAUUGAUUGUAAAAUUAAUAUACGCAUUAUAGUAUCCUAUAUAGUUCACAAUCAAAAACAAAUAGGCUAAUUACAAGAGCUGAAAAGACGUGCAAAUAAAUUCGAAGCUUUUAUUACAAAAUAAUAGGUAUAUUUAUCUGUAUACAAGACAUGCACUUACGAUAUGUGAAAGGCAAUAUAUUAUAUUAUAAUCGGAAUAGACAACUUUAUAGAAAUUAGUUUAUAUAUGAAUGUAAAGCAAGAUCAUAUACUGAAAAGUGAAAAUAAAUACAAUUUUACAAAUGUUUCUUAGAAAAUAAAUGAAUUUUCAAUUUA